CCGCCGCGGGCUCUGCAUGUCCGGGAUCCCCACGCUUUUCUGAGCGCAGCCCUAUAUCGAAGUUCCCGCACGUGGGAGGCCCGGCCGGACCUUGAGCGCGAUGCCGCGCGCGCCCCGUUGCCGGGCCGUGCGCUCUCUGUUGCGCAGCCAAUACCGCGAGGUCCUGCCGCUGGCAAUCUUCUUGCGGCGCCUGGGGCUUGAGGGCAGUAAACUUGUACAACCCGGGGACCCAAAGGCCUUCUGCACGUUGGUGGCCCACUGCCUAGUGUGUGUGCCCUGGGACUCGCAGCCUCCACCUGCUGGCCUUUCCUUCCACCAGGUGUCGUCCCUAAAGGAGCUGGUGGCCAGAGUCGUGCAGAGACUCUGCGAGAAAGGCGAGAGGAAUGUGCUGGCUUUUGGCUUCGCACUGCUUAACGGGCCCCAAGGCGGGCCUCCCAUGGCCUUCACAACCAGCGUGCGCAGCUACUCGCCCAACUCGGUAACUGAUAGUCUGCGCGUCAGUGGUGCAUGGAUGCUUCUUCUGAGCCGAGUGGGCGACGACCUACUGGUCUACCUGCUGGCGCGCUGUGCACUCUACCUGCUGGUGGCCCCAAGCUGUGCCUAUCAGGUGUGCGGCCCACCUCUGUACCAAGUCUGUGCCACUGCGAAUGCCAGGCUUGCUGUGCCCCUCAGCUACAGGCCCACACGACCAGUGGGUAGGAAUUUUACUAAUCUUGGAUCCACACACCGGGUCAGGAACAGCAGUCACCAGGAAGCAUGGAAACCUCUGGUCUUGCCAUCUCGAGGUGCGAAACGGCAUCUCAGCAUCACUGAUAAAAGUGUGCCUUCAUCUAAGAAGGCCAGGCGUGAUCUGGCCCUGAGACUGGAGAAGGGACCUGACGACAGGCAGGCAGUUCCAACCCCGUCAGACCCAAGUUCUGCUGAGACCCCCACGGUGCCUACUAGUAGAGCUACCAAGGAAGACUUGUCUUCCAGAGGAAAGGCGCCUGGCCUGAGUCUCUCUGGGUCGGUGUGCUCUAAGCACAAGCCCAGUUCCACAUCCCAGCAGUCACCACUAUGCCAAGAAGCCUUUCAGCUCAGACCAUUUACUGAGACCAAACGCUUCCUCUACUCCAGGGGAGGUUACCGAAAGAGGCUGCACCGCUUGUUUCUACUCAACAACCUCCAGCCAAGCUUGACUGGGGCCAGGAAACUGGUGGAGAUCAUCUUUCUAGGUGUGAGGCCUGGACCACUCUGUGGGACACGCCGCCUCUCCAGGCGCUAUUGGCAGAUGCGACCCCUAUUCCAGCAGCUGCUCGUGAACCAUACAAGGUGCUCAUAUGUCAAACUCCUCAAGUCACACUGCAGGUUUCGGGCAGCAACCGACCAGGUGGCAGAUACCUCGGACACCAGCCCAUCGCACCUCAUUGAUUUGCUCCGCCUGCACAACAGUCCCUGGCAGGUAUAUGGUUUCCUGCGGGCCUGUAUCCGAAAGCUGGUGCCUUCAGGUCUCUGGGGUACCAGGCACAACGAGCGCCGCUUCUUUAAGAACGUGAAGCAGUUCAUCUCCUUGGGGAAGUAUGGCAAGCUCUCCCUGCAGGAGCUGAUGUGGAAGGUGAGAGUCGAGGACUGCCUCUGGCUUCGCAGCAGUCCAGGAAAGAGCCGUGUCCCAGCUGAAGAGCACCGUAUGAGGGAAAGGAUCCUGGCUAUGUUCCUGUUCUGGCUGAUGGACACAUACGUGGUAGAGCUGCUUAGGUCAUUCUUUUACAUCACAGAGACCACAUUCCAGAAGAACCAGCUCUUCUUCUACCGUAAGAGUGUGUGGAGCAAGCUGCAGAGCAUUGGAGUCAGGCAACACCUUGAGAGAGUCCAGCUGCGGGAGCUGUCGCAAGAGGAGGUCAGGCGGCACCAGGAGGCCUGGCCAGCCAUGCCCAUCUGCAGACUGCGUUUCAUCCCCAAGCCCAAUGGUCUCCGGCCCAUUGUGAACAUGAGUUUUAGCAUGGGCACCAGAGCCUUUGGCAAAGAGAAGCAGGCCCAGCAUUUCAACAAACGUCUCAAGACUCUGUUCAGCGUGCUCAACUAUGAACGGAAAAAACAUCCUAACCUUCUGGGGGCUUCUGUACUGGGCUUGAAUGACAUCUACAGGACCUGGAGGACAUUUGUGCUGCGUGUGCGCGCUCUGGACCCGGCACCCAGGAUGUACUUUGUUAAGGCAGAUGUGACUGGGGCAUAUGAUGCCAUCCCCCAGGACAAGCUUGUGGAGGUUGUUGGCAAUAUGAUCAGACACUCAAAGAACACGUACUGUAUCCGCCAGUAUGCAGUGGUCCGAAAAGGUUGCCAAGGCCAAGUCUACAAGUCCUUUAGGAAACAGGUGUCCACCCUCUCCGACCUCCAGCCAUACAUGGGCCAGUUCGUGAAACACCUACAGAACUCGGACGGCAGUGUGCUGCGGAACUCCGUUGUCGUCGAGCAGAGCUUCUCUUGGAACGAGGCCAGCAGCAGCCUGUUUGACUUCUUCCUGCACUUUAUGCGUAACAAUGUCGUGAAGAUUGGUGGCAAGUGCUAUGUCCAGCGCCAGGGCAUCCCCCAGGGCUCCAGCCUGUCCACCCUGCUCUGCAGUCUGUGUUUCGGAGACAUGGAGAACAAGCUGUUUGCCGAGGUGCAGCAGGAUGGGCUGCUUUUACGUCUUGUUGAUGACUUUCUGUUGGUGACACCUCACCUGGACCAGGCGAAAUCCUUCCUCAGGGCCCUGGUCCGUGGCAUUCCUGAGUACGGCUGCAUGAUAAACUUGCAGAAGACAAUGGUGAACUUCCCUGUGGACAGUGGUACCCUGGAUGGUGUAGCCCCACACCAGCUGCCUGCUCACUGCCUGUUUCCCUGGUGUGGCAUAUUGCUAGACACUCAGACUCUGGAGGUGUUCUAUGACUACUCUGGUUACUCCCGGACCUCAAUUAAGGCCAGCCUCACCUUCCAGCGUGUCUCCAAGGCUGGGAGGAGAAUGCGACAGAAGCUCUUAGCUCUUUUGCGGUUGAAGUGUCAUGGUCUGUUUCUAGACUUGCAGGUGAACAGCCUCCAGACGGUCUGCAUCAAUGUGUACAAGAUCUUCCUGCUUCAGGCCUACAGGUUCCAUGCAUGUGUGCUUCAGCUCCCCUUUGACCAGCAUGUUAGGAAGAACCCCGCAUUCUUCCUGGACAUCAUAUUCAGAAUAGCAUCCUACUGCUACUCCAUCCUGAAGGUCAAGAAUGCAGGAAUGACACUAAGGAUCAAGGGGGCCUCUGGCUUAUUUCCUCCUGAAGCCGCUCAUUGGCUCUGCUACCGAGCUUUCCUGCGCAAGCUGGCUGGUCAUUCUGUCAUCUACAAGCGUCUCCUGGGAACUCUCAGGACAACCCAAAGACAUCUGGGCCGGAAGCUCCCAAGGACGACAAUGGCCAUCCUUAAGGCUGCAGCUGACCCAGCCCUAAGCACAGACUUUCAGACCAUUUUGGACUAACCCUGUCCCCUUCCGCUGGAUGAACAUGGGCGUUGUAGCCCCACCACUCCUGGAUCCAAGAGGGACCAGCCUGUUGUGGGGCUAGGUUGCCCUCCAAAACCUCUGUGUCAUGGGUGGUAGUAUGGAAGUUUGUCCCAGUGCCCUGUUUCCUGUGGUGGGCUUGAUUUCCUUCCUGAUGCCCUCCAGGAAGCAGAUCCCACCCCUUUUAGUGCCAAGGAUCCACUAGUCACCAACACCAAAAGGAGAUAGAAGACGUAUGGGCACUGGGACCAUGUGGACAGGUGUGAGAUGCCUGGCCCUGGUGUCUUUUCAUAUCUAACCAUGGAGUCUUUUCCAGUGGGGUCAGAGUGUCUCAGAGAUGAAGACAGGACUUUGAACCAGUAACCUAAAUUACAACCUAAAUACACCUGAAUUCAGGUGGCUGAAUGUCUUGUUACUUUUGUUGUUGUUGUUGUUGUUGUUGUUGUUGUUUUAGCUUUUGCUGUCCUGGAACUCGCUCUCUA